AUGUUACACGUAGUGCAAUUGGACGAUUUUGCCACCCGACUGAAGGCGGCUGAAGAUUAUCAGUCUAAGCAUUCAGUUCUUUCAGAGAUUUGUGAUUCUCUAGAGACCUUCAAUGCCGCCCAAGAUUACGAAUAUUUCCUCAAGUCUUUGAUUCCCUUGUUUAUUGACGUACUGAAAGAGGUUCCUGUCAGCUUUGUGGCCAAUUCGCCCGAAAACAAGCUGAGAAACAUCACCUUGGAGAUUCUUCAUCGUAUUCCUGCUAACGAUGCCCUCCAGGCUUAUUCCAACGAAAUCGUAGACACGUUGAUGGACCUUUUGAAGGUGGAGAACGAGCUGAAUGGUAUUCUCUGCAUGAAGGCUAUCACCACGUUACACAAGACUUUCAAGGCUUCUCUGCAAGAGAAGGUUCACCCAUUUAUCGAUAUUGUCAUCGAAAUAUACUCAAAUAUCCCCCAAGUAGUGGAAGAACAGUUCAACGGCAAUCAGAUCGACUCCAAGGAAAAUGUAGAUUCCACUUCAAGGCCCAAUUCACCGUCAUUUUCAAGUCAGUCGGACGAUUCAAAACAACUAGCACAGGCCAUGUUUUCUUUCAAGACGCUGGCAGAGUCCCCUAUCACUAUGGUGUCUCUUUAUUCUUCGUACAAAGAGUUAGCCGCUUCUUCCCUGGGCAAUUUCAUACCACACGUCAUGAAAGUGCUGUCUUUGGAAGUCGCCAAGCAGGCAGAAGCCCGGAAGGCCGCCGAAGAAAAGGGUAUAAUAUUGGUUAACGUCUGCAAAGAAAUUACAAACAGAGCCAACUACGGAGAAUUUAUCAUCGGCCAAGUGAAGGCUGCCUCGUUUUUGGCUUACUUGUUCAUUAGGAGGCAGGCCCAGACUUUCUUGGAACCUUACCAACAGGCAAUCCCCGACAUUAUAAUACGGCUACUCCAGGAUUGUCCCAGUGAAUUGAGUGCAGCAAGAAAGGAGUUGUUACAUGCCACGAGACACAUAUUAUCUACUGAUUUCAGGAAAAUGUUCAUCCCCAAAAUUGAUCUUCUCUUUGACUUGAGAGUGCUCAUCGGUGAAGGGUUUACCGCGUAUGAAACUUUGAGACCCUUGGCCUACUCAACAGUUGCCGAUUUUAUACAUAACGUUCGGGACCAUCUUACACCUGCGCAAUUAUGGAAAUCGGUUUCAAUUUAUUGCAAGAACCUGCAAGAUGAUUCUUUGGCAUUAACGGUCCAGAUAAUGAGUGCCAAGCUUCUCCUCAAUCUGAUUGAGAAAAUUAUGAGAUCAGAAAGUAAAACGGAAAGUAGGCAGCUUUUAAUGGUGAUUAUAGAUGCCUACACAAAACGCUUCAAGAUGUUAAAUUCUCGUUAUAACGGUAUCAUGAAACAACAUGCAACAUAUGAGAAGGAAAAACAGGAAAAACAGAAUCAGGAAAGGCUCCUCACAAAUAAGUUGGAUGGAACAACGCCAUCUCCUUCUGAUGACAAGAAGGUUGAACUGAUUGAUGAAGAUCAAGACGUCAAAAUGGAAGAUCCGACUCCUGAAAUAAGCGACCAAGAAACAAUAAAAGGUGAUAACGAUGCUUCCACGGAACCACAGGAUUCUGAACAGCAGCUAGCCGAUUUCAUGUCGCUUCAAGAAUACUUACCUAUUCAAGUUUCUGUUCCUCCAGAGAUAGAUCUUUUGAAAGACUCUCGUUAUCUCUUCAAAACAUUAAUGACUUUCUUAAAGACAAUAAUGAUAGGGCUGAAAAACUCUAACCCUCCUUCGUCUCAAAAUCACUUCAACGCACAAAAUUGGAACGAGACGGCUAGAGGGUUUUCCAACGAAGACAUCAACAUACUGAAAAGCUUGUUCAGAGAAUGUAUUUUGGCUCUUCGAUUCUUCAGCACAUCUAAAACAUCUCUUCCUGCCUCCUCAAUGAAACAAUCAUUUGAUAUCACGGGACCAAAUUUACCAAUAACGUCUACCAAAGAAGAAAAAGAUUUAAUGGAAAUAUUUGCUACCAUGUUUAUCCACAUAGAUCCUGCCUCUUUUAACGAAAUUGUGAGAGAAGAGCUACCAUUUAUGUAUAAACAAAUGCUUGACUUUGCAUCUUUACUCCAUAUCCCACAAUUUUUUCUGGCCAGUGUGAUUACUUCUUCAAGUUUCUCUGGAAUUUUAAUUACCUUUUUAAAAUCCAAACUGGUAGAUUUAGGUGAAGUUAACAUUAUCAAGUCAAAUAUUCUGAUCAGACUGUUUAAGCUGUGCUUCAUGUCUGUAAGUUUGUUCCCGGCAGCCAAUGAGAGUGUCAUACUACCACAUUUAAAUGAGCUGAUUUUAAAAUCUCUGAAGCUUUCCACCACGGCUAAGGAGCCGCUUGUAUACUUUUACUUGAUCAGAACGCUAUUCAGAAGCAUAGGAGGUGGCCGUUUUGAAAACUUGUAUAAAGAGAUUAUGCCACUCUUACAGGUACUUUUGGAGAGUUUAAGCAAGCUUAUUCAUGAAGCUAGAAGACCACAGGAAAGAGACAUUUAUGUUGAACUUUGCUUGACAGUGCCUGUCAGAUUGAGUGUGCUGGUUCCUCAUCUGAGCUACUUAAUGAAGCCACUGGUAUAUGCGUUGAACGGAUCUCAAGAAUCUGUCAGUCAAGGUUUAAGAACUUUGGAACUAUGUGUCGAUAAUUUAACUGCCGAAUACUUUGACCCUAUCAUUGAACCAGUUAUUGACGAUGUCAUGGAAGCUUUGAGCAAACACUUGAAGCCAUUGCCCUACUACCAUCAACACUCACAUACUACCUUGAGAAUAUUGGGAAAACUGGGAGGCAGAAACCGUACGUUCAUUAAACCUGUCGAUAACCUGAAAACUGACUCUGAACUGUUUCAGAACGUGGAAGCAAUGUUCAAAAUACAUGGUCUUCCAAACGAGGUUCCACUCUCGAUUACUCCCGGCCUUUCUGCCGCUUUUUCUCUAUUGACUGAUCCUCGUCCUAGAAUUCAUUACAGGAUAAACAGUUUCAAGUACAUCAGUGGUAUAUUCCAACUAUUCCUGGGAGCUACACAAUUGCCAGAUGAUUAUGCCAACAGAUUGAAAGAAUCCAUGGAUAUUAUUCUGGAAGACACAAUUGCUCCUGAUGAACCACUAAAUAAACUGCAUCAUUUUCCAGUAAAAGAUAUAGCCAAGUAUGACAGUCAAAUGGAGCUUUUGGUGAAGCUAUUGGAGAGCAUUUUUUAUGCUGUUUCUCUACAAGAGGUACGCGAAGAAAGCAAAGCUUUGAUCAGAGGGACUUGCAAUCACUUCAUAUUACUUUACUUCAACAAGAUGGUAAUCGAUAAAAGGAAAUUUGUUAGAAAGUUUUCCGUUGAUAACCAUGAGGGAAACCUGUUUUUGAACGAGAACUGUAUCUUCGAUGCCAUUAUCUAUGCGCUCAGUUCUGAUAACUCCGCUGUUCGCUCCAUGGGUUUGGAAAGUGUUCAACUGAUAUAUGACUCGUGUGUUGAACUAUUUGGAAAUAUCGAUUGUGCUCUCAAGUUUGCGCCAUUGAAUGUUAUGUGUUCCAAAUUUAUCCACUGCUGCUUUGAAGAACCAUAUCAUAAGAAGCUAGCUGGUUGCAUUGGAUUAGAAAUGAUGUUGAACUCUUUAGAUAUUCCGAUGAAAUACUUCAAUGCGCGUCAGUUGGAAAUAAUUAGAGCUUUGUUCUAUGUUUUGAGAGAUACGGCUCCAGAACUACCAUGUGAGGUGACUAACACAGCAAAAAGAUUGAUACUUAACUCGUUGAAGGAGUGGAAUAAAGAAUUGACUAGAAAUGAUGUAUUUUCAAGUGUUUUCCAAAACCUAGUGAGCUCUUUGAUUGUGGACCUUCCUAAUGCUAAUGAAAUAGUAAGAGCUACAGCCCAGGAGGCUUUGAGAACUUUGUCAGAAACCACCCAAGUUCCAAUUGCAACGAUGAUCUCACCCUGCAAACAUAUAUUAUUGGCUCCAAUCUUUGGUAAGCCAUUGCGAGCACUACCUUUUCAGAUGCAAAUUGGAAACAUAGAUGCAAUAACCUUUUGCAUGGGUCUGGAAAACAGUUUUUUGGAAUACAAUGAAGAGCUGAAUAGGCUGGUUCAGGAAGCUCUUGCGUUGGUGGAUGCGGAAGAUGAAUCAUUAGUUAGCGCUCAUAGAAUAUCUGAGCACAAGACUUCUGAACAGUUGGUCCGGUUAAGAGUGGUUUGUAUUCAACUCUUAUCUCUGGCCAUUACGAAACCUGAAUUUGCAGCUGCUCAACAAAGGUCUAACAUUAGAGUGAAAAUUCUUGUCGUGUUUUUCAAAUCAUUAUGCGGAAGAUCUAUUGAAAUUAUUAGGGCAGCCCAUGGUGGAUUAAAAGCAGUCAUUGACUUGAAAAUGAAACUUCCAAAAGAGUUGCUACAAAAUGGUCUUCGUCCAAUGUUAAUGAACUUAUCAGACCACAAGAAGUUAACUGUGGCAUCUCUUGAGGCUCUAUCGGGUUUGCUAAAGUUAUUUAUCUCAUAUUUCAAAGUUGGGAUCGGAAGUAAAUUGUUGGAUCAUUUAUUGGCUUGGGCACAACCUCGGACUCUUCAACAACUUGGAAGUCAGGAUUUGGAGAAUAACUCCACCGUCCAAAUCAUAGUGGCUAUAUUAGAUGUCUUUCAUCUUCUUCCACCAACUGCUCACAAAUUUAUGAAUGAUCUGAUGAACGCUCUAUUGUACCUCGAAAACAAUCUGCAUCGAUGCCAAUACUCUCCGUUUAGAGAACCUUUGGCCAAAUUUCUGGAUCGUUUUCCUGAUGAGUCUUUUGAAUACUUUUUCAAUGAGUUUAGCAAGCGUGAAAUCACUACCAGAUUUGUUUAUUUUGUUGGCUUAGAUAGUUGCUCCUCAUUACGUGCAAAAGUACUAGAAAGCCUUCCAAGAGUGCGUGGGUUAUUACACCAGGAGGGCUCUGCAGAGGAAAAAUGUGUUCGGUUUUCUAAUCUGGUUGAUCUAUGCGAAUCACUUGCCGCCAGUGAUAAAGAAUGGAUCAAGGACAAAGAAGAACUUUUAGGCGAAUUACUCGACGCAGGUUCUGUAUGUUUGACGUUAAAGCGAUCUUCGAAUGUUGUUUCUCCGUUAUAUUUUCAGGUUGACCAAGGAUUUGAAACACUGCAAUUAUUGUACAUUGAAUACUUUAAGUCGCAACCUUUGGGCCAUGAAAAAGUCUUCAAUUUCAUUGAUAAGAUAUCGAAGGAAGGCCUUCCGUUUGUUUUGGAGUUUGAUGACUUCAUUUUCAAUGAAGUUGUUAAGUGCCAGGACAUCCCAACUGUUCAACAGACAUUGGAUACUAUCAUUAGAAUGACACCACAGGUCAGCUCCUUGGAUGCUAGAGUUUACCUUUACAAAAGAAUUUUCCUUCCAAUAUGUAUCUAUGAAUCUGAGAUGCAUGGAGAUUUAUCCAGACUAAGCCAGACUGAGAACAACGAACUCCCGGCUUGGCUGAAAUCGUUUGAUUCUGAUGUUUGGAAAGCCACUGGGCCAUUAGUUGACGACUAUACCUCAACUUUAGAAGACCGUUAUCGUUUAGAGUUGAUGCAACUAACUGCUCUUUUGAUAAAAGGUGCUCCCACUGCCUUGACCGAUAUGCGCAAAGAUAUCAUCAAAUUUAGUUGGAACUAUAUCAAACUUGAUGAUAACACUAGUAAACAGGCAGCGUAUGUGGUAACGGCAUAUUUUAUUUCCCGCUUCGAUACUCCCUCUGAGCUGACUACUCGUAUCUUUGUUGCAUUGUUACGCUGUCACCAGAUAGAUACAAGAUAUCUGGUCAAACAAGCUUUGGAGCUGCUUGCCCCUGUUUUAUCCGAGAGAACGAACUCAGAACUAGACUGGCUCAAAUGGCCGCGUAGAGUUUUAUCCGAGGAUGGAUUUAAUAUCACACAGGUGGCCAACAUCUAUCAACUAAUUGUAAAGUUUCCAGAUUUAUUUUACCCAGCCAGGGAUCAUUUCAUCCCAAAUAUUAUCACUGCCAUGGGAAAAUUAACUGUCAUGUCAAAUACAUCCCUGGAGAACCAACAGUUGGCUAUUGACUUAGCUGAGCUGAUUUUGAAAUGGGAGACAAAACUUCCCAAGUCUGAAAAGCUAGGAAGUGCAGAAGAGACUGAGAAGGAAAAGUCUGUCAGUGAAGACAAGAUGGACAUCGAUGUUAAGGAGGAAACUAAGGAAGACAUUGCGGAGAGACCCAAAGCAGAAGACCAGAUUGGGGGUGAUGAUUCCGAUUCGUCUAACAUUUUGACUUCUGAAGACUACGAAGUUUCUUUUGCUCAGCGGGAAGCCUGUGUAACUUUCUUGAUCAGAUACAUCUGUAUCAGUACUCAGCGUCCCUCAGAGAAUGAAUUAGGUAAACGUGCUUUGAACAUUCUUUAUGAGUUACUUGGUCCAAAAUACUGGUCUGAAGUGACGGUUAAGCUUCAAUUCUUUGAACGUUUCCUGAUGUCAUCAGAUCUAAAUCAGCCAAGUUUACUAGGAUACUGCCUAAAUGCCUUGGAAGUACUUGCAGUUGCUUUGAAGUGGAAACCAACAACUUGGAUUAUCGAAAAUGUAAGCUACCUGCAAAAGUUGUUGGAGAAAUGUCUGCGAUCUGACAAUCAAGACAUACAAGAAAUUCUUCAAAAAGUCUUGGGAAUCAUACUGGAGGCCAUAAAUAAAGAAACACAAGGGUCUGAAGAAGAUGAACCGGAGGAGGUCACCAACUUCAUCUCUCUCAUUGUCAAUAUCAUCGGUGAGGAUUUGUCCAACAUGACUUCUGUGGCCGCGGGCGUCUCUCUAUGUUGGACUUUAUCACUUUAUAGACCAAAUGCUUUGGACAGUCUGUUGCCCUCAAUCAUGAGAACCUUCAAUAAGCUAUGCCGUGAUCAUAUUGCAAUUUCCUUGCAGGGAAACCAGCCACAAUCUGGAGAUUUUGCAAACAUUGAGUUUGAAGCCAAGGUUACUACUAACCUUUUGGAAAAGAUCUUGAAUCUAUGUGCUGCACGUAUUUCAAGCUUGGAUGAUCAACGACGUGUUUUCUUAUCUUUACUAGCCCAGCUGAUUGAUAGAUCUGUGGACAAAGAUAUGCUACUUAAGGUGAUAAAUAUUGUCACAGAAUGGAUUUUCAAAACUGAUUUUUACCCAACAACCAAGGAAAAAGCUGGUAUACUGGGAAAGAUGAUGAUCUUCGAUUUAAGGGGGGAACCUGAAUUAUCUAAAAAGUUCAACCAAGUUAUUGUGGAUAUAUUCGAAAGUAAGGAACUUGCUCAUACCGAGUUAACGGCUCGAAUGGAAACAGCCUUUUUGUUUGGAACGAGGCUUUCUGAUGUCUCUAUCAGAAAGAAGCUUAUGUCAAUUCUAAGUGACAGUUUGGAACUCGAUAUUGACAAGAGACUAUUCUACAUUAUCAAGGAUCAAAACUGGGAAUAUCUCUCUGACUAUCCCUGGCUGAACCAGGCUUUACAGCUGCUUUAUGGUUCCUUUCAUUUAGACAGUCCGAUUCGUCUUUCACCAGAAGAAAACACACUAUCUCCUCUUCAAAGUAUUACAGAAGGUUUAGCUAGGGAAAAAUCUCCAGUUGAAAAGGCGCCACAGAAUAUCAUUGACUUUGUUGCCAAGCAUAAUGAGUUUUUGGAUUCUGUAAGAAGCUUGACCGCGGGAGAUAUCCUCAAUCCUUUGAUUGACAUUUCCUAUCAAAGUGCAGAAACUAUUCACAAUGCUUGGGUAGUCGUUUUUCCUGUUGCCUAUAGUGCUAUUGAAAGCCGGUAUGAAUUGGAAUUCACUCGUGCUUUGGUAAAACUUCUGUUCAAAGAUUAUCAUAUCAGGCAGCAGGAUGCUCGUCCAAACGUAAUCAAGUCGCUACUGGACGGUGUUGGAAAAUGCCCUGGACUACACCUACCUCCUCACUUGGUCAAAUACUUGGGAUCCAAUUACAAUGCCUGGUAUGGUGCUAUCAAGCUUCUGGAAGAGCUGAGUGAAGGCCAAGGAAUUGAUAAUCAGAAAAUAUCAGAUGCCAACCAGGAUGCUCUUUUGGAAGUUUACAUGUCGCUACAAGAAGACGAUAUGUUUUAUGGUACAUGGAGACGAAGAGCAAAAUAUUUUGAGACGAAUGCUGCCCUAUCUUAUGAACAGAUUGGUAUAUGGGACAAAGCUUUGCAGCUCUAUGAGGCCGCUCAAAUCAAAGCACGAAGUGGUGUGUUUCCCUUUGGAGAGUCCGAAUACUCUUUGUGGGAAGACCAUUGGAUCUACUGCGCUGAAAAGUUACAGCACUGGGAGAUUCUUACCGAGUUGGCUAAACACGAGGGUUUUACGGAUCUCUUAUUAGAGUGUGGAUGGAGAGGAGCUGACUGGAUUGCAGAUAGAGAACCUUUAGAGCAAUCAGUGAAAACAGUCAUGGAUAUACCUACCCCAAGAAGACAGAUAUUUCAGACUUUCUUGGCUCUUCAAGGAUUCUCUCAACAAAAAGAUACUUUGCAAGAUGUGUCUAGACUAUGUGAUGAGGGUAUCCAAUUGACGUUAAGAAAGUGGAAUGCCCUUCCACAAAGAGUUACAAGAGCCCAUAUUGGUCUCUUACAUACAUUCCAGCAGUACGUGGAACUCAUGGAAGCUAGCCAAGUUUACAGCAGUUUAGUCACUACAAAUGCUCAAAAUCUGGAUGUCAAGUCACAAGAAUUAAAACGAGUUCUGCAAGCAUGGAGAGAACGUUUACCUAAUGUUUGGGAUGAUAUCAAUAUAUGGAACGACCUUGUAACCUGGCGUCAACAUGUGUUUGGCGUAAUCAACCGUGUUUAUAUGCCAUUUGUACCUGUUUUGCAGCAAUCAAAUGGCACGAAUAAUGGUAAUUCUUAUGCUUAUAGAGGUUACCAUGAGAUGGCUUGGGUCAUCAACAGAUUUGCACAUGUGGCAAGAAAACAUGAAAUGCCCGAAGUUUGUAUCAACCAGUUAACCAAGAUUUACACUUUACCUAACAUUGAAAUUCAAGAAGCUUUCUUGAAGCUUAGAGAACAGGCUAAAUGUCACUAUCAGAACAGUUCUGAGUUAAACACCGGUUUAGAUGUUAUCAGCAACACUAAUUUGGUAUACUUUGCUACUCAACAAAAAGCUGAAUUUUUCACAUUGAAGGGUAUGUUCUUAGCUAAGCUAAAUGCAAAGGAUGAGGCGAACCAGGCUUUUGCAACUGCUGUGCAAAUUGACCUGAACUUGCCUAAAGCUUGGGCUGAAUGGGGAUUCUUUAACGAUCGCCGUUUUAAGGAGAAUCCGGAGGAGAUUUUCCAUGCUAAGAACGCAAUCAGUUGCUACUUGCAGGCAGCUGGUUUGUACAAGGAUGGAAAAACUCGUAAAUUAUUGUGCCGUAUUCUUUGGUUGAUUAGUUUGGAUGAUGCCGCUGGCUCUUUAGCUAAAACUUUUGAAGACCAUCAUGGGGAAUCACCUGUUUGGUAUUGGAUCACAUUUGUACCACAAUUGUUAACUUCUCUUUCUCAUAAGGAAGCUAAGAUUGUGCGUCAUAUUUUGAUUCAGAUUGCCAAGAGCUAUCCUCAGUCAUUACAUUUCCAACUUAGGACCACUAAAGAAGAUUACCAGGCUAUUCAGAGACAAGCCAUGGCAGUUAACAGAGCUGAAGAGCAGAGUUCCAAUAAACAAGAUACUGCGGAUAGUGUUUUGAAGAACACCAACACACCCCAACCACAGACUCGAACAGAGACUUCAGGGACAACUGCCGAAUCGGAUAAAAAACCAAGCAUACCUCCCAAAGAAGAGCAAGGUUCACCUCAGCCUUCCAGACCAGCAACGACUCAGGCGUCCCCGCAAGCUCAAUCACAGGAGAAUGGCGAAAGCUCACAGAAACAUCCCCCAGAAAUACCAACCACAGACUCUCGUCAACCAUGGCAAGAUGUGGAGGAAAUUAUGGGAAUUCUCAAGACAGCAUAUCCAUUAUUAGCACUAUCAUUAGAGUCAUUGGUUGAUCAACUUAACCAAAGAUUCAAAUGCAAUGCAGAUGAAGAUGCAUACAGAUUGGUUAUCGUUCUGUACAACGAUGGUGUCCAACAAAUGAAUCGUGUUGCUAACCCCAGAGAAGAAGUUAAACUACCUGCUGCUACUGAAGCAUCAAUCUCCAGGUUUGCUGAUUCCGUUUUGCCAAAGAACAUUAGAGAAGUCUUUGAACAAGACAUUAUUGCCUGCAACCCCAAUCUAGAAACGUAUAUUUCAAAACUACGUAAAUGGAGAGACUGCUUGGAAGAGAAAUUGGACAGAAGCUAUGGUAAAGCUGAUCUGGAGCGAGUUUCUUUGCAUCUGAGUUUGUUCCAUCAUCAAAAGUUUGAGGACAUAGAGAUUCCAGGACAAUAUUUGCUGCAUAAGGAUAACAACAACCAUUUCAUAAAGAUUGAAAGAUUUUUACCCACAUUGGAUCUCGUGAGAGGAAGUAAUGGUUGCUACAAGAGAAUGACUAUAAGAGGUAAUGAUGGAAGUUUGCAUCCGUUUGCUGUCCAAUUCCCAGCUGCUCGUCAUUGUCGAAGAGAAGAACGUAUUUUCCAAUUGUUCAGAAUUUUUGAUGACGCUCUUUCAAGAAAGGUUCAAAGUCGACGCCGUAACAUUUCACUGACUUUACCAAUUGCAGUACCAUUAUCACCACAUAUCAGAAUUUUGAAUGAUGAUAAACGAUAUACUACACUGAUGGGUAUUUACGAGGAGUUUUGUCGCCGUAAGGGACAGAGCAGAGAUGAACCGUUUGCUUACACAAUUCAAAAGUUGAGAGCUGCGUUUGAUCCAAGACUUCCUAAACCAGACAUUGUUAGUGUCAGGGCUGAAGUACUUGCCUCGAUUCAAUCUACCUUGGUUCCAUCUACCUUACUGAAGGACUAUUAUACUGAAAAGUUCAGCAAUUACGAGAAUUAUUGGUUGUUUAGAAAACAAUUUACUGCGCAAUACGCGUCGUUCAUCUUCAUGACUUAUAUUAUGUGCAUUAAUAGUCGUCAACCUCAGAAAAUUCAUAUCAACGAAGGUUCAGGAAACAUUUGGACUUCAGAAAUGUUACCAACAAAGGUUGCUACGGGAAAGACACAUAGUACUGCCUAUAAUAACAGUACAUUAGAUCCAGCAGUGAAAGCAGGGGCUCCUAUUUUCUACAACACUGAAUCUGUCCCCUUCCGUCUUACACCUAACAUUCAAAAGUUUAUUGGUGAAGCAGGUCUUGAGGGAAUUCUAUCCGUCUAUAUUUUGGUGAUCGCAAACAGCUUAUCAGACAGCGAGUUUGACAUGGAGCAGUACCUGAGCCUUUUCGUCAGAGAUGAAGUGAUCUCUUGGUUCGCUCAACAACAUCGUGCCAGUGCCCAAACUAACCAAUUGAGAGAAAUUGUCCGUGUCAACGUUGAACUUCUUACAAAGAGAGUUUUACAAUUGAACCACAUUCCUAACAGUCAGAACGUUGCUACUCAAUUUGUGUUGAAUCUCAUAUCUCAAGCUGUCAAUCCACGCAAUUUGGCGUACACAGACUCUGCUUGGAUGGCAUACCUUUAG